UAAUAUGUCAGACAGAGUGACUAGGAAAGGAAAGAGUUAACCACAGAAGGAGGAACCAAAGCAAGCCAAGAAGUAGAAGGUGCAAAAGGAGAGUUAUGAUGUGGUCCAAUUGCAGGAUAUAGGUAAGAGAAUGAGAGAUAAAUGUUAGCUCAUUAAUUGAGGAUACAUUCAAUUGAGAUGACAAUAGCAUCGAACUCUGGACACCCAACAUCGUGUGCAUCAAUGGCAGAAGUCAUGGCAGUGCUAUUUUUCACAAAGGCAGGAAUGCACUUUAAUCCUAAGGAUCCAGGAGUACUUCGUAUUACUAAUUUUAGAAUUUCGGAAAUGAUAGGUUUGUUCUUUCGAAAGGACAUGCAGCUCCAAUUCUGUAUGCUGCUUGGUCGAUGGUUGGUUAUAUUGAUAAGGCAGAAUUAUUGAAUUUGAGAAAGAUCGAUUCACUCUUGGAAGGUCAUCCAGUUCCAAAGUAAUUGAUGUUGUGUAUGUAAUUAGAUUGCCGUUUGUGGAUGUGGCUACAGGAUCCUUGGGAUAGGGAUUGUCAGUUGCAGGUGGUAUGGCUUAUUCAUCAAAAUUCUUGGACAAAAUCAACAAUAGAUACUGGGUAUUGAUGGGAGAUGGUGAGAUUGCCGAGGGAUCAGUAUGGGAAGCAGCUCAUUUAGCAAGUCAUUACAAAUUGGACAACCUUACAGCAAUUGUGGAUGUAAAUAGAUUGGGACAAUCCGAAGAGACUUCAAUUGGACAUGAUGUUAAUGUUUAUAAGAAGAGAUGGGAGGCAUUUGGAUGGAAGACUUUUGUGGUUGAUGGACACAAUUUGAAUUCAUUAACUGAUGCUUUUGAAUAAGUAAGUGAUUCCAGAAAUAUUGUUUCUAGUGUAGAAAUGUUAAGAAUUAGCCACAAGUUAUAAUUGCCAAAACAUUCAAAGGCAAAUAUUUGGAAAUGGAGAACAAAGAGGAUUGGCAUGGAAAACCAGUUUCAUAAGCAUAAGUGGACUUUGUCAAAAAACAAAUGAAGUAGCAAGAUGGAUUCACACUCACCCCAGAGGUCCCUGCAUAAAUAGACAGGCCUCAAUAAAGUCAUUUCACAGUGGAAGUCAAUUAUGCAGCUGAUGGCAAGUAAUCAACAAGAGAAGCAUACGGAAAAGCUUUGGUGGGUUUGAGUAAAUCGGAUGCUAAUCAAUAAAUUGUGGCAGUGGAUGGAGACACCAAAAAUUCAACAUUCUCAAUCAAAUACAAAGAGGCAGUUCCAACCAAUUUUGUCGAGUGUUUCAUAGCUGAAUAAAAUAUGGUCGGUUGGGCCUAAGGAUUCAGUUGCAGAGGCAAAGUAGCAUUCGCAUCUACAUUUGCAGCCUUCUUUGCAAGAGGCUUUGAUCAAAUAAGAAUGGGAGGAAUCAGUGGAUCUCAAGUCAAGUAUGUUGGAUCACAUGCUGGUGUUUCAAUUGGUGAAGAUGGACCAUCCCAAAUGGGCUUAGAAGAUAUUGCCAUGUUCAGAACCAUCCCAAAUUGCGUUGUUUUGUAUCCUUCUGAUGGAGUCUCUGCCGAAAGAGCCAUUGAAUUGGUUGCCAAUCACAAGUCUCCUUGCUAUGUCAGAAUGAGCAGACCCUCAUUACCCAUUUUGUAUCCCAACAAUGAAGUCUUUGAGAUUGGAAAGUAAAUUCUAUUUUGAAUAUCUCUAUAGAUCAAAAAUCCUUAAGCAAAAUGAUGAUGAUAAGAUCUUGUUAAUCGGUGGAGGUGUGACUACUCAUGAAAUAUUCAAAGCAGCCAAAUAAUUGAGUGAAUAAGACAAGGUACAUGUCGCAGUUUUGGAUCUAUUCUCAGUUAAACCCAUUGAUCAUGAUGGCAUCCUUAAUGCUGCCAACAAAACUGCUUUGAAGACCAUUCUUGUAGUCGAAGAUCAUUAUAGUGAAGGAGGACUCUUUGGUAUGCAUCGAUUAUGUAAUCUUUAUAGAGGCUGUGUCUUCCGCUUUGAGUUUGGACAACCAAAUCAAGGUACAUUCCAUCCAUGUAGACAAAGUGGCUAAGAGUGGCACUCCAGCAUAAAUGUUAUCAUUGUAUCAUUUGGAUGCUGCAGGUAUUAUUGCUAAAGUCAAGUCAAUUAUUUAAUGACGAAUCAAAACAUCAUAAAUAACAACAAAAUAUACA